GGACAGGACCCCCGUCAGUGGUGGAUCUGCAUGGUGAGACCAUCUCCUACAAGGAACAAUUUGUGAAUCUGACGGAGCUCAUGGACUUCAAAUCCUUGAAGUUCACGCAGAAGCAGGUGGAGGCCUACACGUCGGUGCGGCGCUUGUUGCGGCUCCAGGUGGCGGAGUUCUUCGGCCUGGAUCCAGAGACCUUGCAGCAUGAUAUGACCUUCUUUUCGCACAUCAAUGGCAGCAAAACAGCCCGUACGUUGCACGACGAGUACUGGCAUAGUCACAUUGAUACCGAGCAGUAUGGCACCUUUGCCUUCACCACCUUGUUGUACCUGAACAGUCAAGAUGAGGACUUCCACGGCGGCGAGUUCGUCUUCGAGGCUCACGGCACGUCCUCAGCCGCGGCCGUGGAGCCGCGGGCUGGCCGCGUCGUGGCUUUCAGCAGCGACGCAGAGAAUCCGCACAAGGUCCUAAAAGUCACCAAGGGCAUUCGGAUGGCCCUCACCGCCGCCUUCACCUGCAGCACCGAGAAGGCCCUUUCGAUCGAGGCCUUUCCGAAACCGAGCCUGGUUGCGAGUGGAUGAGAAAUGUACAAGACAGCCACAAUGCCGGGAGAGCAACCCUGUGAGAGCAAGUGGCUGGGAUUUGUUUGACCAUGGGGACCCAUGAGGCCCCAUAAGAUGUGCAUUUGUUGUUGGAGCAAAC